AUGGGGGAGGAACAGAGUACAUCUCAAUAUCCCCUUGUGCGGUGGUACAUUGACACUCGUCUCCUAACAUCGACCAACUCCUCGCUACCACUAUUGGAGACCCUGCAAGCAGCAGACCAGGAAACCGUCCAACGAUUUAUUCACAUCAAGGACAGACAUAUGUCGCUUGCUUCGUACCUGCUCAAGUAUCUCUUUAUUCACCGGAGCUGUCGCAUUCCCUGGGAGAAGAUCAACAUUAGCAGGACUCCUGCCCCGCACAAGCGACCCUGUUUUAUCACCCCGGCCUCUCUGCGCCAGGAAACAGCCACCGGCCAGCCCAUUCCCAGCAUUGAGUUUAACGUCAGUCACCAAGCGUCUCUCGUGGCCCUCGCAGGGACCAUCAUCCCAGCCGCAAACGACAAUGAAUCCCCGCCCCGUCCCGAUCCCAGCACCACAUUCACGACCCCCGAUCCAUCUUCGACACCGCCCAUCCCCCAGGUCGGAAUCGACAUCACAUGUGUGAACGAACGACGAAACAGCCGAUCCCUAGCCCCGAGCUCCCGGGAAAAAUUCAUCGAGUUCGUCGACAUCUUCGCGGAGGUAUUCUCUGAGCGCGAACUAGACACAAUUAAAUCCCUCAGAGGAAUGCCCCAACACCUUCGCAGCAAGGGCGAAGCAGAAGAGAUUGAGUACGGCUACCGCUUAUUUUACACCUACUGGGCUCUUAAAGAAGCUUAUAUUAAAAUGACCGGCGAAGCACUCCUUGCGCCCUGGUUACGGGAAUUGGAAUUCACCAACGUCGUUGCCCUAGACCCUCCUCCCCCUCAGGCGGGAGUCGGAGGCCAGUGGAAUGGACCCGACACGGGUAUUCAGACCUGGUUGUAUGGGAAAAAGGUAGAAGAUGUGCGAAUUGAAGUGGUUGCCUUUGAGAAGGAUUAUCUCAUUGCGACUGCGGCGCGCGGAGGAGCGGUUGGUUCCUCUGGAAGUGGUCUGAUUCUUCAGGAUAUUUGGCAGAAGUUGGAGAGUAUUGAUAUCGAGAAAGAUAUUCGGCCUUGUGCAACGGGUUUGUGUCGGUGUUUAGAGUAG